UCAAUUAAGUCAAUACUGUGUCUAGCGAGCUAGGGAGAGUUCGGUAAGCGAAGUGAGAAGUAAGAAGAAAUGGCUUUGAUUGCGAAACCGAACGUGUUCAACGGUUUGAAUUUUCAUAUCAAUGAAACUCAAUUUCCUUUUUCAAGCUUCAGCGUCAUUCGCAAGCGUUUCGGAGAUUCUUCUCAUCGCAAUGUGGUCCUAAAAAGCAACGGAAAUGCAUCGAUUCUUCCCAAAAUCAGAGCUCAAAACCUUCCUGACUAUGUUCCUGAAUCCAAGUUUUACAAAGUUGAAGCCAUUCUCAGGCCAUGGAGAAUCCCUCAGGUUUCUUCGGGUUUGUUGAAAAUGGGAAUUCGUGGUGUCACUGUAUCUGAUGUCAAGGGGUUUGGUGCUCAGGGUGGCUCAAAAGAGAGGCAGGGAGGCUCCGAAUUUUCUGAAGACAAUUUUGUUGCCAAAGUUAAAAUGGAAAUAGUGGUGAGAAAAGACCAGGUUGAGGCAGUGAUAAACAAAAUUAUGGAGACGGCAAGAACUGGGGAGAUUGGUGAUGGCAAAAUUUUCUUGAUCCCUGUAUCUGAUGUAAUAAGAAUCCGCACAGGUGAGCGUGGGGAGCAGGCUGAGAGGAUGGCUGGGGGACUAACUGACGCGUUGUCUGUUUGAACAAAAGAUUAGCAUUUGCAAUUUGGUCCUCUGUUCUCUUUUCCCCUGUAGAAUUGAUAACAAUGAUGUAUGUUGUGUGUAUUUUGCACUUUGCUGUUAGUUACUUAGAUGUGUGCAAUAUUCUAAGAACAAUGUAGUUGACACAUGCAGAGUUGUUGAUAGUUAAUAAGAAUUUGUGAAUAUUUGAUUCUCAAACCAAUUUAGUCAGCAUUUUUCGUUCA